CAGGGGCAAUCUCAAAACCCCUAAAAUUCUCAAGCCGUAUUAGAUUUUCGUUCUCUCAAGCAUCUCGUCCUUUCUCUUGUUUCUUCGCUGGUCUGAGAACUGAGAAUAGCUUCCUGCCUUUGUCUAAACUGAAUCCCAUUUGCAACUUUUUUUAAGCUCAAGCAGUUCCAUUUCCUCAUCGUCUUCUUCUUAAGCGAUGUUCCUCUCUAGGGUUUUCUCUCGAGUUUCCAGGAGUGUCUCCCGAAGCUCCCCGAUUUUCUCUGCUUGGGAAAGGCCUCAAAACUUGUCUACCCUCUCCAGUCAGUUUCAUUCCCUUCUUCUUCCAUCUCCCAAUGCGCGGAUUCCAGUUCAAGUCAAUUCAUUGUGGCCACCCAUAAAAGCAUCAUCUACUCCAAGAUGUGGAUUUUUUCAUCUGCAUCUCCUGAACCCAAUGAAAAGGAACAGGGUAAUGCGAGUGCUGAUCCUGGAAAAACUAGUGAUGAAGCAAUAAGUGAUCAGGCUGAAAAUUCCGAAGCUGCAAACCAAACCAAAGAAUCAGGUUUUGUCUCUGAAUCUCAGUCUGAGUCUGGCAAAAGGAGGAGAGCACUAAACGAAACUGCAUUUUCUGAUUCAGAUUCAGAUUCAGAGAGUGAAUGUGAUUUAUCCAGGGAUGAUUUAAUAAAGCUUGUUGCUGAGAAAGAACAGCUCUUGAAGUUGAAGCACAAAGAGAUUGAGAAAAUGCAGGAUAAGGUUCUACGUACUUAUGCAGAGAUGGAAAAUGUAAUGGACAGGACAAGGCGUGAAGCGGAGAAUUCAAAAAAAUUUGCUGUCCAGAAUUUUGCAAAGAGUCUACUAGAUGUUGCAGACAAUUUGGGGAGAGCUUCCUCAGUCGUAAAGGAAAGUUUUUCAAAAAUUGAUACAUUUAAAGACGCUUCUGGUGCAGUGCCAAUCCUUAAAACACUUCUGGAAGGUGUUGAAAUGACUGAUAAACAGCUAGCUGAGGUACUGAGAAAGUUUGGUGUAGAAAAAUUUGACCCUGCGACUGAACCAUUUGAUCCACACAGGCAUAAUGCUGUCUUCCAAAUCCCUGAUGGCACCAAACCUCCAGGCACUGUUGCAGCCGUUCUGAAGGUAAUAUACAUGCCUGUCUUAGGAAGGACAGCAGUUUGUUUUUGAAUACAAAAUUUUUUUUGACCACCUAAACUUUUAACUUGUAUUUUCAUGUCUAAAAUGUCUGGGUUGACUUCUAUAUGUGUCAAAAAGUGUUGCUACAUUGAUAGGCUUUUUCUUUGCUUCGUUAUUGUUUGUUGAUAGGUGUUUGCAUUUUAAAUUCUUUUUUCCCCUGAGGUGUUU